AUGGUUUCACGGAAAAGAGUAUUUGACUUACUUCGAACUAUAAAUGUUGCCUCGUGUCAGUGCCCAGCACACAGUCAUAGAGGGAAUUUUCAAGUUACACAUAAUACUCCUUCUAAAGAUUAUGCAUUUGAGAUAAAAUGCUCUACUGUAAGGUAUGGCUUAGGUGUUACGAGAGAAGUUGGUCAGGAUUUAGUUAAUCUUGGAGCAAAAAAUGUGUGUGUCAUGACAGAUGCUAACGUUGUUUCUCUGAGCCCAAUGAAAGCUGUUCUUGAUUCCCUUACCAAGAAUGGAGUUAAUUACAAAGUGUAUGACAGGGUUAGAGUUGAACCUACAGACUCAAGCUUUAAAGACGCGAUAAAAUUCGCAAAAGAUGGUAAUUUCGACAGUUUCGUGGCAAUUGGUGGGGGCUCGGUAAUGGAUACGUGUAAAGCAGCCAAUUUGUACUAUUGCGAUCCGAACGCGGAAUUCCUUGAUUAUGUAAACCAGCCCGUGGGCAAAGGAAAACCGGUUACAGUGCAACUGAAACCUUUGAUCGCAAUUCCGACUACAAGUGGGACAGGUAGCGAAACAACUGGCAUGAGCAUAUUCGACUUUGAAGAAAUAAAAGCCAAGACUGGCAUAUCUCAUUCGGCCUUACGUCCAAUGCUGGCUUUAAUAGACCCUUUACACACUCUAACAGUGCCUCGUAAUGUCGCCAUAUUUUCUGGCUUCGAUAUAUUUUGUCACGCUCUGGAGAGCUUUACAGCGAUACCAUACACAGAGAGGGGACCAGCACCGGAAAAUCCGGCGUUACGACCAGUUUACCAAGGAAGCAAUCCUAUAUCUGAUGUUUGGGCUAGAUUUUGUUUGCAAGUUCUUCGCAAAUACUUUGCCCGAUCAGUGGACAACCCAGACGAUAUCGAGGCUCGGUCGAACAUGCACCUGGCGGCCACGAUGGCGGGCGUGGGCAUCGGCAACGCGGGCGUGCACCUCUGCCACGGCCUCGCCUAUCCCAUCGCUGGGAACGUGAAGCAGUAUGCGCCGGAAGAUUAUGGUUCAGACCCAAUCAUACCACAUGGUCUAGCAGUGACGGUAACUGCCCCAGCCGUAUUCCGCUUUACUUCAGCGAGUGACCCUGAGAAGCAUCUAGAAGCCGCACAACUCUUAGGCUCCGAUAUUACUGGCAAGAAGCAAGAAGACUCAGGCGAAGUACUGGCAGAUAUCAUCAUAAAGUAUAUGGACCGGUUGGGCAUGGAGAAUGGACUGUCAGCUUUUGGUUACACCAGGGAAGAUAUCCCCAGUUUGGUUAAAGGAGCUUUGCCUCAACAUCGCUUGCUGAAGAUUGCUCCAGUACCUCAAUCUGAAGAAGACCUGUCGAAACUAUUAGAGGACUCGUUGACUAUAUAC